ACGAAGUAAACUAAACAACGUUUUUUCGGUGAACAUUUACGAAUACGAACCAAAAAGGCGCACCAUCUUUUCACGUCCAGCGCGUAAUGUAAAUAAGGUGAACGGUGGUAGGUAAAGUCUGCGCCAACAUCCGGAACACGAUGGUAUUUUACUUCACCAGCAAUGUCGUUCAGCCACCGGUGACACUGUUCAUGGGUUUGGAUAAGUACGAAAAUGAAGAUCUUAUCCGAUGGGGCUGGCCGGAAGAUGUGUGGUUCCACGUACACAAGGUGUCCUCGGCCCACGUGUACCUGCGGCUCGAGCCGGGCCAAACGCUGGACGACAUCCCAUCGACCGUACUGGAAGACGCCUGCCAGCUGGUCAAAGCGAACAGCAUCAAUGGCAACAAGAUGAACAAUGUCGAUAUCGUGUACACGAUGUGGGACAAUCUCAAGAAAACGGCCGCGAUGGAGGUUGGCCAGGUGGCUUUUCAUCGCGAAAAGGAGGUGCGCAUGUUUCGGGUGGAGAAGCGCAGCAACGAAAUAGUGAACCGUUUGAACAAAACGAAACGCGAAGAAUCGAUCGAUUUCCGGGCGGAGCGCGAAAAGCGGGACGCACUGGAGCGUGCUGAUAAGAAGCGGGUGGCAAGGGAGCAACGGGAGCAGGAAAAGGAGCAAGAAAAGCGACGCCAGGAGGAAGCGGAACUGCGAAGCUACAAUUCACUAAUGAAGCCGGAAAAUAUGACCUCAAAUUAUGACGCUGGUAACGAUUCGGACGAGUUUAUGUAGGACUUGCGGAUAGGAGAGAGAGACAAUGAAGCUGUUGUACCGGCGCGGGCGAAGGAUUAUGAAUAAAUUAUUAAUUGUUUUAU